GGGAAGUUGGGGGAGUGCCGGCGGGGGCGCGCGCGCGCGCACGGCCGGGCGGCGAGGAGCCCCGGUUGCCUCCCUGAGCGGCGGGCGCGGGCGCUCCCGAUUCCGCGCCUCCCGGGCUAGAGACCACGGGGCCCGCACCGUGUCCGUGAGGCUUGAGGCCGGGCUGCCGCUGCCGCCUCGGUCGGGUGUCUGCGCCGCCCGAGGGAGCUGGGGCCGCGGCACCGCGGGCCGAGCGCCCGGGGAGCUGAGGCCGCUGGAGGCGAGGGCGGAGGAGCGCGUCUGGCGUCUCCGGGGCCGGAGCAGGCCGAGGGGACCAUGUCCGGGAGGAACGUCCACCUCUCCACCACCGAACGCGUCAUUAAAGCUGUCCCCUUUCCUCCAACCCAGCGGCUUACUUUGAAGGAAGUAUUUGAGAAUGGGAAACCUAAAAUUGAUGUUUUGAAAAACCAUUUGGUGAAGGAAGGGCGACUGGAAGAGGAAGUAGCCCUAAAGAUAAUCAACGAUGGGGCUGCCAUUCUGAGACAAGAGGAGACUAUGCUCGAAGUAGAUGCUCCAAUCACAGUGUGUGGCGAUGUUCAUGGGCAAUUCUUUGACUUGAUGAAAUUAUUUGAAGUUGGAGGAUCACCUAGUAAUACACGCUACCUCUUUCUUGGUGACUAUGUGGACAGAGGCUAUUUCAGUAUAGAGUGUGUGCUGUUUUUAUGGAGUUUAAAGAUCAAUCAUCCUAAAACAUUGUUUCUGCUUCGAGGAAAUCAUGAAUGCAGGCAUCUUACAGAGUAUUUUACCUUCAAACAGGAAUGUCGAAUCAAAUAUUCUGAACAGGUGUAUGAUGCGUGUAUGGAUACAUUUGACUGUCUUCCUCUUGCUGCCCUCUUAAACCAGCAGUUUCUGUGUGUCCAUGGAGGGAUGUCACCUGAAAUCACUAGUUUAGAUGACAUUAGGAAAUUAGACAGGUUUAAGGAGCCUCCAGCCUUUGGGCCAGUGUGUGACCUUCUUUGGUCUGAUCCCUCAGAGGAUUACGGCAAUGAGAAGACCUUGGAGCACUAUACCCACAACACUGUCCGAGGGUGCUCGUAUUUUUACAGUUACCCUGCAGUUUGUGAAUUUUUGCAGAACAAUAAUUUGUUAUCAAUAAUCAGAGCCCAUGAAGCCCAAGAUGCCGGGUAUCGAAUGUACAGGAAGAGCCAAACAACAGGCUUUCCAUCACUCAUUACAAUUUUCUCUGCCCCCAAUUACCUAGAUGUCUAUAACAAUAAAGCUGCUGUGUUAAAAUAUGAGAACAACGUCAUGAACAUCCGGCAGUUCAACUGUUCUCCUCACCCCUACUGGCUUCCGAACUUCAUGGAUGUUUUCACGUGGUCUUUGCCUUUUGUUGGGGAGAAAGUCACAGAGAUGCUGGUUAACAUUCUCAACAUAUGCUCUGAUGAUGAAUUGAUUUCCGAUGAUGAAAUUGAAGAUCACUACAUUUCAAGCUAUCAGAAAGGAGGCACUACAGUUCGAAAGGAGAUCAUCAAGAAUAAAAUCAGAGCCAUUGGGAAGAUGGCCCGGGUCUUUUCAGUUCUUCGGGAAGAGAGUGAGAGUGUGCUGACCCUCAAGGGCCUGACCCCUACAGGCACACUCCCUCUGGGUGUCCUCUCGGGAGGAAAGCAGACUAUUGAGACAGCCACAGUAGAAGCGGUAGAGGCCCGGGAAGCCAUCAGAGGGUUUUCGCUUCAGCACAGGAUCCGGAGUUUUGAAGAAGCCCGAGGUCUGGACCGAAUUAAUGAGCGGAUGCCACCCCGAAAAGAAAGCCAACACUCUGAUGGGCCAGUGAAAUUAGUAACCCCUGCACAACCAAAUGCCACGCACAGGAGCGACAAGGGAACAAAAGCCAGUGACAACUCAGAGUCCUGUGGUGGCACUGGUGGAUCCAAAACUUAACAAAUUUUAUUUAUUAUUGGAAGACAAAACAUAAACAACUUAAACCUGGAGGUGCAUUCAUAAUACACUCUGCAUUUAUUCUGUAAGAAAGGUGACGAUUUUAUAAAUUCUUUUAUUUAUGUUUAAUAUAUAUAAAAAUUGCAUCUGUUUUGUUUUUCCCAUUUUUUCCGAAUUUUUAGGAACUGCUCUGAUUGUCUGAUCCAUAUGUGAAGUCUUGUGCUAUAAAUGGGACUUUCCCCUAAUAAAAGGGCCUUGGAAACCUCCACCCUGGGUUUCUGACUUGAA